AUGCUAAUCACCGACGUGGUGACGCCGGCGCUCGUGCUCGACCUGGCCCGAACGCAGCGCAAUGCCGCGGCGAUGGUGGCGGCGGUGGGGGGCAGAGCGGCUAUUCGCACCCACGGAAAGGCUCUGAAGAGCAGCGCCCUCGCCCGCUACCUCGGGCUCAAGCAUGUGUGCGCGCAGACUGUGGUCGAGGCGGAGUGCAUGGUGCGAGGUGGCUGCACUGACGUGCUCCUCACCAACCAACUGGUUGGCAAGGACAAGCUGCACCGGCUCGCUCUACUGGCGGCGACGCCCUCGCUCAGGUUGGGUGUCCUUGUAGACUCCCGCUGCCAGAUCGAGGCGCUCUCCGCGGCGGCGGAGACGAGAGGGGUGGAGAUCGACGCCUACGUCGAGGUGGACGCCGGCCAGAACCGCUGCGGCGUAUCUGCGCCCGAGGCGGCCCUCGCUCUCGCGUCGGCAAUCAGCGCGUCUGGCCGGCUUCGGUUCGGAGGGCUGCACUGCUACCACGGAGGGAUCCAGCAUAACUCAAACCACUGCUGCGUUGAAGUUGACCGUUCCGCCUCCCUCCCGGAGGCGCCACUCGAUCGACGCUCGUAUCUCUUCAUGGACGACGGCGGUGAUCUCCGCUAA